AUGAUGAAUUGUGGAACUGAUAUAGUAAAGGUCAAGCAUCCCAUUGAGAUUCUUGGGGCAGAGCUUGAUCAAGCCUCUCCACCGCCGAUAGUGCACCAGUUUGAACAGGCCCUAGAUCAGAACAACAAGAUUGACCGCUUCGUGAAGAUCUUCCCGGGCGUGGCCCACGGCUUCGCUUGCAGAUACGACGCCAACGAUGCGUUCGCCGUCAAAAACGCGGAAGAAGCUCGGGCAGACAUGCUCAGCUGGUUCAACAAGUAUCUGAAGAAGCACCAAGAGCUUUCGCUCCACGAAUCUUAGAAACUCGAUAGUCUCCGGCUGUUCUGAAUAAGUAGCUUCUUGUUUUGAAACAAGCGUUUUUUCAUUGGUUAAGAAGUAUAGAAUUAAGCAUCCCUUGCCUUUCUGAAUAAAUUGCACGUCAGUGCUGAACUUGUAAGCCCUAUCUUGGUCGUGUAUGCCUCUAGUUUGAUUCA